AGGGAAAAAAAUUCUUUCUCUCUUGUUUCUUCUUUUUCUUCCUCUGUGUCCUGUGUUCUCUUUCAGUCGCGCCGGUCACUAAAAUCAAAUUUGACUUUCUGAUGUCUGAAGAGAAGUAGAUUAUGGACUCAAGGUUUUUUGCUGGUGAUUUGAGAGAACGACGAGCUUCGCACUUCACUGAUUCUGGUUUCGGAGAGUUUCCUACAGCUUCUUUCUCCCACAGAUUUCAAUUUUCCGGUGACCGUAAAUCUCCAUUUGUGCACCAACAGCUUCAUAGAAACCUUCUAAAGCUGAAUACGACAGCUUCUGUGGCGGAUUUUGAUCUGGGUUUGUGUCAGAACCUCAGUAGAAUGAGUAUCUCCGAUGAACAAAGGGCUAUUCUCUCCGGAUCUUCUCCGUUUCUGGGUUUUUCUGGCUCGAGGAAUCUAUGUUCCUGGCUCGACCCGAAUCCGUUUCUAGAGGUUUCUUCUCGUCGUGAAGGUUUACUACACAGCUCUCAUGGCGAAAUGUCUAUGGGUAGUUAUGUUGGUGAUGGUGACUUUCACAGGUCUCAAUUGCUUAGCGUGCAAGACUAUCCUAGCACUAGUCAAAACAGAGAGCACCUUCCUCGAAGAUUCAACGCUUCGUUGAAAUGCCGUGGAAAUAAUGAUUUCCCACCAUUUUCAGCCAUGAGAGGUUCUCAAGAGCUCGCAUGUACGAAGAACAACAAUCUGUUUAAGGAAGCUUUCAGUGGUAAUGAACAAGAUUUCCCACUAAAUCUUGCCUCCAUGGUUGGAAUGUACGGCUCUGUGUACUUAAUGGCAAAAGAUCAAAUGGGUUGUAGGAUUUUACAGAAAUUACUCGAAGGAGGAAGCUUGCUUGAUUCGAUGAUUAUAUUCAACGAAGUCAUUAAUCAUGUAAUCGAAAUUGGAACCGAUCAGUUUGGAAAUUAUUUCAUGCAGAAGCUUCUUGAAGUCUGCAACGAAGAACAAAGAACACAAAUCCUCAUAAUGUUGACCGCAGAACCUGGAUUGCUUGUCAAAAUCUCACUCAACUAUUAUGGGACAAGGGUUGUGCAAAAGCUGAUUGAGACAGUGAGUACAAAGACACAAAUCAAUCUGGUUAAGUCAGCUCUUGAACCGGGUUUGCUCUCUUUGGUCAGAGAUUUGCACGGAAAGCAUGUUGUUCAAAGUUGUUUGAAGUCCUUUGGCCCUGAUGAUAACAAGUUUGUUUUGGAGGAUGCUAUAAGGUUCUGUACUAAGAUUGCGACUCAUAACUAUGGAUGUCUUGUGAUGCAAGACUGCAUUAAAUACUCGGCCGGGGAGCAACGUGAGAACCUCGUUGCUGAAAUAUCAAGAAACUCUCUCCACCUUGCACAAGACCCUUUUGGGAAUUAUGUGGUGCAAUACAUGAUAGAGCAGAAGCUGGGAGGAGAGAGUGUGAUGUUUGAACUGAGAGGCAAUUAUGUGAAUUUGGCUAGACAGAAGUGUAGCAGUCAUGUAGUGGAGAAAUGUCUUGUACAUUAUCCAGAGAGCAGAUCUCAGAUCGUGCGUGAGCUCAUCUCUGUUCCAAACUUCGAAGAACUUCUUCUUGAUCCUUUUGCUAAUUACGUGAUCCAGUCCGCUCUAUCUAAAACCAAGGGCAAUGUUCGGGCGAGUUUGGUUGAGAAGGUACAAAGAUUUCAAAACCUUAGGACGAAUCCAUAUUGUAAGAAGAUAUUCUCCAAGGGCUGCCUCUUGAGGAUCUAACGUAGGACUGACUCUAUGAUCCUUAUUAGAUGAAGAGCGCUUUUGUUGUCUCUGUCUUUUGGAUGUUUUGUUUGUUUUGUUGUACUCUUGGCACUGUCUAAAUGACGAGUAAUGUAUUUUGUGGUAAACCUUUUUGU